AAUCGGUCGUCAAAGAUGAUAAUUAUUUUGAGUAAUUACCAAUAAUGUCCACUGCCUUAAAAAACAGACAUUUUUUUGUGUGGUUUUGAAGGAUCAUGCAACUUUCUUUUGUUUGGUGACAACAGAAGGUCAAGAUCUUGGUCAAUAUUAGUCACAAAAAAAACAAAGUCUCGGUUUUCAAUUUGCCACCUUACUUAAAUGAGUGGUUUUUUAUUGGAUGCACUUGUAUGUAUAAAAUUUUUUUUAGCAAUAGCGGCCCUUGGAGCUCAUUCACUGUGUUUAAUAGAAGUCAACAAAAUGGAAUAAUUUAUUUUAUGUAAAUGCACUUGAAGGGAUUUCUACUCUCUCAAAAUUAAGUUUGUGUUUCAGGGAAGUAAAUGCUGUAAAAUUGGACUAUAGAUCGGCUCACGUCCCUCCAAUUCUGUGCAUCAUUUGUACAAUAUGUAUCAAUUCUGUUGACCGGGUUUUCCUGAAACUUUAUAUUAGCCACGCAGGUGACAUUUUGCAAAAGUUAUUAGCUGUUAAUUUAAAAUAAAUUAAAUGUAAAUUGAAUCUUGGAUGGGUAAUAAAUUUGCAUACAUAUUGGUCAUUAUGACCAUCGUCUAAUACCUUAUUUGUGUAAGCAAUAAUACUUUUUAUUGACUUAAAUCAUGUGGCAUUUUUAGACCAGGUAUUGCUGUGUUGCAACAAGAGACAGUGCUAGUCUUGCGUUUAUUCAAACCUUUUUGUGACCACAUUGCUCCCACAUACAUUGCUUUAAAAUGAGAAGGAUACUAACUUACACACAUGUCCAAUGUUCAAAUAUGCUCAAGACUUGCAGUCUAUUGGCAAUUAAUUGGAACAGUAAUGAAAAUGAACUUUUCCUAAUUUUGUUUUGCUGAAAAUUGUAGGGACACACACUUUACCUGACUCUCUGUGCAUCUAAUAAUAAUAGACCCCCUUGCAUAGGCUACCAUUGCAUCUGCUGAGGACUAACAACGGAAAUGCAUGCUCCCAUCAUAGACCCCUUUACAGAUAGGCCAGAAGUGGUGAUUUUGAUGCAUUUUGGGUGAGUUUACGAGUAUAAGCUAUGCACCUUUUAUGCAUGACGAACAUCCCAAAACAUCGCAUUGUUUUUUCCUAUAAUUUGUAAAGGGGUCUAUGCACAAAUCUCAGCCAAAUGGUUCUUCCUUUGACCUUGGCCAGCCAAGCGCUGUUUGAACCAUUUUGUGAAUGUGACUUCAUAUGCAAGGGGUCUAAAGUAUCAAGGGGGUCUAAAGACUUUUGCUUACUAUCGUCUUUUCGGAGUACGGAAAUAAAUGUUGCAUUGAAUUUAAUUGUAUCUGACCACAGCAGCUUUAUUUUCGUUUAAGCAUGCAGUAUUUCUGCCGAUCAAAGAAAACAGGAAUGAAGUGGAGAUUCUGUCUGAGAUAUGACUGGCCCAUAAUUUUGGUUGCUGCGAUAACCAUUUAUGAUUUAUAAUUCAAAAUGAAUAGAUCGAGUCACCUGCAAUCUGCAUGUUUUUGUCGAUACUUUUGUAUUGAAAUAGCCCUAUUUUGUACUGUGAAUGUUUAUUAACUUGGAAAUGAAACCCCAAAGUGUCCCCCCCCCCCAAAAAAAAAAAAAAAAAAAUCCCAAUAAUCUCACAACCCUAGGGUGAUCAACCCUGCUUUACGGCAAAAAUAUCAUCUCCCAACAAGAAGAUUUUAGCAUUUUCAUUUUAGCGCCAUGUUAUUUUUUAUUUAUCUUGCCAAACUAUGGACACUUGAGGGCGGCAGAUAAGAUUAACGUGGGUAUUUUUUUUUUUUUGCUGUCCCAAAGUGAUGUUAACUCUGCCUCGCUGUGCAGCGUUAUUCACGUUACAGACGGAGCGGAACCAGCCUAUAUAACUCGUCAUAACAAAACACACUGGCAUUGCAUUGCACAGUCUAUGUUGUUAUUUUUGCGGUGGAAUUUAUACUGUCAGGAAUUCUUUGUUCUGGGAGCUGAAAUGGGAUCACAAACUGUUGGAUCUUCACGUGAGAAUUAAAAAGACACACAGUCAGGAUGUGACUCAGAGCAUACUUGGAGUACCCAUUCUAGUAGAAGAAGUUGGCGUUACCCCCCCCCCCCUCCCAUCUGAGGGUACCGAAGAAGUCAUUCAGAGGGGUGCCUGUUCUUGUCCCCUUCCUUCCUGAAAAACAGCUCCCUACUUUUCCGUCACUUGCACACCGGAACACAAACAGGAAUCAUGUAUGCUGUCCUUGAGAACAAUCCUGCAGCCCGCAGUGAUUGUACAAUCCUAUCACUGUCUUGGAAGGGGACAGUACCAGAAAGCGAGAAAGACAAGAGUUACACAAGGAAACGUUGCUACACUGAAGGCUGGCUAGCUACAGGGAACUUAAAGGGGAUUGUCGGGGCUACCUUCACAUCAAGUCACUCCAGGAAGAGCAGCACUUCACCAUCAAGGACUAACUUCAACUUACGAGGUCAUAACAGUGAGGUUGUACUUGUCCGAUGGAAUGAGCCCUUUCAGAAGAUGGCAACCUGCGAUGCACAGGGUGUCAUCUUUGUUUGGAUCAAAUACGAGGGGAGAUGGUCAAUCGAACUGGUCAACGACCGCUCAUGUCAAGUCAGCGACUUUGCUUGGAGUCAUGAUGGUCGGAUGGCGUUGAUUUGUUAUAAAGAUGGCUUUGUUCUGGUAGGGUCGGUCACUGGUCAGCGCUACUGGUCGUCAAUGCUCAACCUUGAUGCUAAACUGCUUUGUGGAGCCUGGGCACCAGAUGACAAACAAGUUCUACUUGGCACAUCUGACGGUCAAAUUCUGGUCAUGGAUAUCCACGGUGCCCUCGUGACUCACUGCACAUUGGCUGAGGACCGACCAAUCAGAGCACUCCUUUGGUCCUCUGAGAAGUUUCGAAUGAUUAAUGUGAGCGACAAUGAGUGUGAUGACAAGCCAGAUAAAAAGAAACGGAAAGGGAGUGAACGUCGAUCACGGAUGAGCAAGAAAAGAUGUCCAGUGAUGGCAGUAGACCUUGGCGAUAGCGAGAUCCAAUUAAUGAAAGCAUAUGAUGACCUCGCACCAAUUAUUAUAAAAACAGAAAUGACAGACAUCAAGAUUGAAUGGAGCAGCUGUGGGGCCUUCCUUGCCGUGGGUGGCACACAGCCCGUAGAGAGCAUCAGUGCUGUUAAAUUCUACAACACCAAUGGCCACCUGAGGUUUACUCUUAACAUACCCUCACAGCGCCCUCUUUCAGCUCUGACAUGGGGUCACAAUGAUCGUCGUCUGUUUGUCGCAUGUGGGUCUAUCCUCCAUGUGGCUUGGGUUGAAAAGGGGGUGGCUCCAUUACAGGUGUUAUGUCGUGAAGUCAUCAUAUCGCUGGUGAACGAGGAGAAGAUGAUGGCGAAGCUUCCACUGCCGAUUCGACUCAGGAGUCAAGUUACAGAGAGACUUGCACUAACUGUCAAGGGGUGUAUUCCAGAUCCGACCAAGCUGAGGGAAUUCGGCAGUAGACCUCCACCAGGUAAUGAAAGACUUCACUGCACAAUGAUUCGAACAGGAGACGACACCAACCCUAGCAGCUCCUGCUACACCUUGUUCCUGGAAUAUCUUGGAGGAUUGGUCCCCCUACUUAAAGGUCGAAGGGUCAGUAAGCUCCGCCCUGAAUUUGUCAUUUACGACCCCAAGGUGGAUCAGAAACAAGGCAUGAGUGAAGAUGAUGAGAGAUUGCCUUUGGGUACGACUAUUUCAUCUUCAAGUAGUAGCUCCAGUUCAGAUGACAGUGAAGAUGAAGCAUUAUCGAGAAUGAUGAGAAGGAACGGCACAUCAGUGAAAGAUGGUGGAGGGAGCGGAGGGGGAGGAGGAAGCCCUAGACUUAUACGGGAUGGAAGUAAUGGUACAGAUUCACCCAGACGGAAAGAGCGCCAGUAUGAUAGCUUAUUCUUGGAGAGUCUCCCUGAGCAAAAUCGCCUUGUGGAGGUGACCUCCAAUAUAUGGGGCACAAAGUUCAAGAUUCAUGGCCUGGCACGCUUCCUGCCAUCCAACCUCGGUCAGGUCAACUACAGGACGAGCCUCCUUCAUCUACAGCCCCGGCAGAUGACCAUCGCUCUUGUGGAGCUUCGCCCUGAUGCCAAGCCACGGAGGGAUGAUGAUGCAGACUUUGAUCCCAAUGUAUUCAGUGAGGAUGAGGAUGACCCUGGAGAGCCACCUCCACAACCCCCCUUGAACAGAGCUGGUGGCCCCGCCCCAAUUGCUCCAAUGAAAUCGACCAAUCGUAGCUUCUCAAGUAGUGAUCUUGAUGUUGCUGACCAGGAACCCCCUCCACCUGCAAUGGAAGUUCCCAGGCAACGUGAAGUAACCAAUGAGAAUAUCCCCCCUGCGUCUAAGGUCCAACCUGAUCGAGAACAGUUCAUUAGGCAAGGGGCAGUACCAAAACGGCGGACUACAAAUAUACUUAAAAACUCAUUGGAAGCAUCCACAACAGUGGCAGGGAGAACAGGAUCACUAGACGUCGUAGAAAAUGCCCAUAUUAUAAAUGGAACCACUGAAAUUGUGGAUGGAACCCUGCUUUCAAGCGACCCAUGUGAUUUUGAAGAACUGCAGUCUGACAUGCCACGCUGGGCAGAUAGUGCAAGCCAGUUGAUUCCAAGCAGUGUCUCACAGCACCACCAGGCUGAUGGUGUGACCAACCAAACAAUGGACCACAAAUCUCUGUUGAUGGAAGUGCAUGAGGGCUGCAGUAGUGGGUCGCCGUCGCACAAGAAGCUUGACAGCUUACGACGUGGAACCGAGAGAGAUUUAUCAGUGCAAUCACAACGGAAUCUGAGUCCGGCGUCGAAGUGCAAUCGACCAAGGUCUAGCUCCACUCCAAAGAUUACAAUGCAAACAGACAACAGAAACAAUUUACAGAACGGUAGCGGGGGAGAUAGUAGUCCAUCAGGGGUGGGGAAGUCACCCCAGGAAAAACGCAAACGUCCUAAGUCUAAGACUCGCAGCAGGAGUGAAAGCUGUGCUGGGACGUCGUCCAGUGGUGGCAGGCAAACCACACAGAAUCAAGACAGUGAGAUUGUCCCCGAGCAAGAAAAGACUACAAAGAAGAUGAAGGAGAGACGUACAUCCCUCUGUGGCGGGGGAAGUCCAUCCAGAGGGAACCUGAAAAUUCAAGUCGACAGCUCAGAGAGUGAAGGUGCCGAUAACAGCAGUGAUGAGACACCAGCUAGCAGUUCCAAAUCCCGUAAGGCUAAGCUGAUGAGGCAGUACGCAGACUGUAAAUCAAGGGUGUUUGUUAUGCACAACAAAGCACCCCUCUGGAAUGAGGGUACCCAAGUGUACCAAUUGGACUUUGGUGGGAGGGUGACCCAAGAAUCAGCUAAGAACUUCCAAGUGGAGUUAAAUGGCAAACAGGUGAUGCAGUUUGGUAGAAUCGAUGGCCACGCUUAUACAUUGGACUUCCAGUAUCCGUUUGCGGCCCUUCAAGCUUUUGCAGUUGCACUGGCAAACGUUACGCAACGCCUGAAGUGAAUAUGAAACACUUGAUGAAGUCGCCAACGGGAAAUGAUUUCUACGGCAACCAGUCAUUAAUGUAGAAAUGAGUGCAUACUCUUCUUCACUCACUUUAAAGUAGGCUUGUUGUAAAAGCGGGUGGUUCUAUUUUGCUUAUUUGCGACUAAGCAGAGAGUCGACCGGUUUUCAACUUAUAAAGGGACGUUACAAAAUUGCUAUAUUUUUAUUUCAGCCUCUUAACUUGCUAGAUAAUAAUCAUAGAACAUGCCCAUAACAAUGUUUGCUAACCAUGGUGAGAAAAAGACCAUCAAUGUUUGCUAACCAUGGUGAGAAAAAGACCAUCAAUGAUUGCCAAAACGACAAGCUAUACUAGAAAUUUGAUGUAGAAAAAAGCAUAGGUGGAAACUUUGUUUAAAAUCAACUCAAGAUGCAAGCAUUAAUUACCAAUGUUGUACCUUCCCUUUUAACCACAUCAGUUUAAUCAAACAAAGUGUAGCUUAAGGAAAAAACACCAGCUUGUAAAGUUUUCACUGAAUUAUUCUGUGCACUGACUUUUUACAUUUGCCACCCGACAUUGAAGCUAAAGUGUCAUACACUAUGGACCUGAGAACUUUGAAUAUUUAGUUUAACAAUGGGGGGAAAUCAUGGAAGGGGAAGUAGAAAUAUGCACAUUUGGCAUAUUUGUAAUUCAAAAUGUUUUUUUGUUUACUACGCACCACUAAAGGUUGAUAUGAUAAUGCAUUGUAAAGACAAUUUCAGAUCUACGUUUUGAAUAAUCUCUGUUUUGGGGGGGAGGGGGUAAACUACAGCAGUUGUCAUGUACAAUUUACUGAUAGAUAAUGAGGAAGUUUGUUGCUGCAAAAAGCUCCUUGUUUUCAUGUUGGACUAUUUACUUUGUAAGAGGAUGGGAUGGGGAAGGAAGGGAAUGAUUUGUCAUUGAUGUCAGUAGAACGUCUGCUGCAAUCAAGUGCUUACUGCCACCAUUUAUGGUUCGUACCUUGACCAAAAUACGUUCUGCCUAAAUUUGAAAACUUUGUUUUUAUUUAAAAAGACCAUUCGCUGCAUCAUGGCUGCUAUCGCUGCAUACAAUUGAGCAUCUCAGAAAACACAAAUGCAAUAGUGUAUGAUAUUUUAAGUCAAACUCUAAAAUAUAUAUAAAAACGAUACUGGGUGUACAUUUUUGAUUAAUUUAAAAAAAUAAAAAUAAAAAUUGUGUUUACUUAAUUUUCUCGACGCCAACACUACAUCAUUAGUUUAUAUAUUUUUUGUCUUGAUUUUCGAAAAAAUAUGAAUGCAUUAGCAAAAAGAAUCCAAACUUAAAAGUAUAUAUUACAAGCCAAUAGUGAAUCUUAAAAAACAACUCAACUUUAUCUCAAAAGGGCAAAGUUGCAAAUUUUUUAUUUAUUAUCUGUUUCUUUCUUUAAAAGAAACUGUUGAGAUGUAAAAUGCACUGCACACAACUGUAGCAACAAGCUAAAUAUAUCACUGUAACUCAUAUAAUGAGAACAAGUUUGUUGUCAUUGAAAGACUGUACCCUUUGCAACUCCUUUUGUGUUUUUAAGACGUUAUAUCAAAUAGUUUAAUACAAACAAAUAUUUGAUAUAAGUGAAAGGGUAAAAAUGAAAACAAAAGGAACAGUAGUAUAUUAAGGCCAAAAACAAAUGUAAGGUUGUGGUCUGAACAUUUGAUUCUCCCAACCGGGUAGAUAAUUUUGUUUUGAUAAGGAAAUUUUUAAAAAGGUAUAUUGCUUAAAGGCAGUGGACACUAUUGGUAAUUAC